GAUUUUAUAAAGUCAUCCAUAUCAAGAACAAAAGGUAAGUUUUCAGCCAGGUGUGGGCGCGACGCCGUCUAGGUACGUGACCUAACACCGCAAGAGAAAAAUGGAAAUACUAAGCACAACUCAGUAUAUACCCGCCAAAGUUAAUAGCCAAAUUCAAUUUUUUUCAUCUGCCACUCAUAAAUUAGUUAUUCAAAAAUCAAUCCCCUACUUUUUCAAACCCAAAAUCCAAUCUAAUAUCUGCUGCAGAAACCAUGAAAAACGCAAGCAAACCGUGCAGCGUUUCUCACAACUGGAAUCCGACCCACCAUGGGAAAGUGGGAGUGUUUGGAGCACAAUGGCUUUGUAUAUUUUUAGCUUGCAUGUACCAUUAAGUUUUGGUGGAUUAUCUGUUAUUGCUAACCUUUUGCAUCUGACUGAUCUCGAGCCUCAAAUUAAGGCAGUGGCCAUACUUUUGAUUGAGAUUCUGGAGCUGUUUUCUGCUGUGCUGCUUCUGCAGUUUACUGCAAAGCAUAAGCCUAUUAGGUUCUUUCAAGUUGGCAAAAAACAGAAUGAGAGGAACUGGAUCUCCAGUGCUCUUCUAGGUUUCGCAAUUCUUAUUCUAGCCAUGUUCUUUGUAGAAUUUGUUGGUGAUAAACUGGUUGCCCCUAAGGAUAUGAACAAUCAAGUAGUGAAGGAGAUUUUGUUGAGCGGCAAUAUAGCUCAGACUGCUUGUACACUUGUAUAUUGCGUGGUUGCUCCCCUGCUGGAGGAGAUUGUAUACAGACGGUUUUUCUUGACCUCUCUUUCGUCCAGUAUGGAAUGGUAUCAGGCAGUAAUGAUAAGUUCACUCAUCUUCAGUGCAGCACAUCUUUCUGCUGAGAAUUUCAUCCAACUAGUUUUGGUGGGAAUGGUGCUUGGGUGCUCUUAUUGUUGGACUGGAGACUUGAGAUCUUCAAUUCUUUUGCACUCUAUGUAUAAUGCUCUGACUCUGUUGAUAACUGUUUUAGAUUAAUUCUAACAGAGAAUUGAAGUUCCAUUUCCACAACUCUUAUAUGCUUUAUCAUCAUUUUGCAUUUUUGCUUGAACACCUCUUUGGACGAUUGUUCCUUUCUAUUAAUUUGUAAUGAGCUUAAUCAAA